AUGAGUAUUACUGAGAGUGAGGCCAAUUUUAGCUCCCGGGCUGCGAAACUCGGCUUGAAAGCUGAGGUGCUUCAGCUGCUUGUCGAUGGUGGCGUCAACACUCUUGCCAAAUUUGCGUAUGUGAGCAGCUUCAUUCCGGGUCAGAGUGAUGAGGGUCCUUUUGUGACUUCCAUAAAGGACUUGUUGAAGAGGGAUGCUACCGUGGGGGAGCUUUCGGUGCUGCGCCGAUUGCACUCUGAGGCCUUUGCUUUGGUCGCGGCCGAGCUUAAAUCUCAGGUUGAGCGCACCACCGAUGCACCAGCGAGGAGCCUUGCCGCUCCUGACCGAGCAGAUCGUUUGGCUCGUCAAGUGGUGCGGUAUCCAGGCUUGACUAUCGCCGGGCCUAAUGAACCGAGUGACAGGUCAGUGGACAAGUGUUGUCAAAUGUAUGAAAACAAUCGCCUUACAUAUCUUCCGCUGAGUUGGUGCAUGAGCAAGGACGAUGAGACUCGGAAUUCCCGGGACAAGGAGGAUCGUACCCUCACAGUUGACAAUAGCGGUAAUGUUCACAUCAAGAACGCCGACAUUCGAGGUGAGGCCGACUUGAGCACUGACUUGUUACUGAAAUUCGCCCUCACUCGGCGAGGACUCGCGAUGGAACAGGCCGGAUUGUUAGGUUUCAAAGAACAUGAGAAAUGGGCUGAGCGCCUGUUGCACUCCAGAUAUCGUGAGGUGCCUUCGGGAUACACCCGAGUCAGCAUACAGCAGCUGCUUCAAGCCGAUAAGCAAUUGUUUGUCACCGCUGCUAAUGAGUGUCGCAGUGGAGUGCAAGUCACGGAGACCGGUCGUCCAUUGGACGAGGCGUGGAUGCGUUGCGCCGAUUUGACCGAGGUGUCUCAUUUGCUCGCUCCUCUCGCGUCGCCUCCUCCCGCUAAGAUUCCCUUUGAGAGACCCACUCCGUAUGGCCGUGGUAAAGGUCGGGGCAAAGGUUCUGGUAAGGGUAAGCAACCGUCACGCCGCGAGGUGACCAUGCCAGAGGACCUAAAGGACGGGCACGCAAACACCCCGAAAGGAGUGCCCAUUUGCUUUGAUGCUCAGAGGGGCAAAUGCACUAGGCAAUUGACAGGCAACAAGUGCUUCAGGGGUGCUCACGCUCCUGCUCCCAAGAUUGCACGCGUUUCACUUCAAACCAAUCUUCAGGCUGAUGAGGUCAAGGCCAUCGAUGAAAUUGAGUCGAUCAGUAGCGCAAGUCUUGAUCACGAAUUCAAGGGUUCGGUCGAGGAUCGAGCUCUGACCCUGCUGAACAAUGCUGGUGUUGUUUCCCCCACUGAUUUACUUGAGAUCUUCCAAUCACUCCCCACAGAGGCUUCCGUCCGAGGUGACCCCUCACAAGGGGUCUCCUUCUCGACAGGUGCCUAUUGCAGAGUCAAGGUUGGGCUGCGACGUAAUGUCUUGCUCUUCCCGAAUGUGACAAAGUUGGCCGCGCGCUUUGUGCGACAGCAGCUGCCCAGCUUAAAGUUCACGAGCUUAGCAUUCUUUCGCAACGUUCAAACCACACCUCAUGUGGAUGCGCAUAAUUCUUCUUUGCCCAAUGCUGUGUGUGCACUGUCUGACUUCGAUCAGGGACAGGUGUGGGUUGAGAGACCAGGCGGCCAAGCUUGGUGCGAUGUUGAUGGCGAACUACGCAGUGGAGUCGAACUCAGCUUGGAUGGGAGUCAUGCCGUCUUCACCGCUCGACGUUUGACUCACGCCACUAGGAAUUGGUCGGGUGAUAGAGUGGUGUUAGUUGCUUUUUCAGUCUCCGCCAUUGAUCACCUUAGUGAGACUGAUAGUGCUACACUGACCGAUUUGGAAUUCCAGCUCCCGAUGCAAGCCGACAUUCUUGAUGCCGAACAGUCACCUCCGGUGUGCUAUGAAGCGCCGGUCGUUACCGGGGGGUGUGCUACUGAUGAGUUUCCAAAACCACUCGGCCUCGCACAACCAGUGACUUCCCCGCCUCUAGCUUCCUCAAAGUCGGGUUUAGCCCCCGUAGAAGAUUCCGUAGUGUCUACUGGUCAGGUUCAGGCCACGCCGGUUGACCAGCCUGGUAUUGUGCUCGAGCUGUUUGCCCGUGCAGGCUCUUUGUCCCGAGCCUUUCACCAGAUUGGCUUUGAGGUCAUGCCCAUAGAUAGGGGAAGUCACCGGCUUCCGUUGGCCAAGUUGUGCUCACUGGAUCUUGCCUUGCCGAGCUCGUGGCAGUAUCUUUCGCAUGUGCUUGACAACUAUCAUGUUCGGUACGUGCACAUUGAUCUGCCGUAUGCCACCUAUGGACCCAAGCAGGGCCUCCGACGACUGUCCCAUGGAUCUGUAGUUCCUGUAGGAGGCGCCGACGCCUCUCAGGUUCAAAGGCUCGCAUUGGCCGACUCCUUGUUGGAACAUGUCAUCACCUUCUUAAAACGAGUUCAACAAAUGGGCAUCGCUUGGUCCAUUGAGCAUCCGCAGUCCAGCUUCCUGUGGCAUAUGCCUGCUGUGCGCCAGCUCACCAACACCACUACCGUGGUGUACGAUUUGUGUGCCUUCGAUUCUCCGCAUCGCUUGCGGAGGCAACUGCUAACGUCUUGUAGUGCACUCAAGUGUUUACAACAAGUGUGCCAUGGUAAUCAUAGUCACACGCCUGUGACUGGCGGUGUUGAUACUCAUCCCAGGCUUUUCUGUCAGCAGGUUGCCCACGCCGUGGCUAAACACUGUGGCGUUGACCCCCUUUUGUCUCCGCUGCAGUCCAGCCCUCCGCCUGUCACACAGCAGCGUCGGGGUAAACUUGGUGCGAGCCUCAUCAGAGAAUUUGGUCGCGUUUGCAGAUGUCGUGUGCCACAGAUUCCGCCUGUGGAUCAUAAAAAUUGCUUGCAGCACGCCAUCGGUGACAUCCCCGCAGGCUCCAAACUUCUCGCCACUGAGGAGACGGGGGAGUCGGGUGGCUUCGAACUUAGUGUUGGUGUGUAUGCAACACCGGAUGAGUUUCUGGAGGAGGCCAAAGGAUUACGGCAUCCCUUCGAGACGUUUGCUGUCAUCCCCGACGAAGUGAAACGAAAGCUUCAUGAGGCCUUGGUGAAGGGCCCUGAGUGGGUUGGUAGACAACGUGUGGCCACUCUCAACAAGUGGUUAGAAUGGGCCAGGGAAUUGGAGGAACCAGAGUCCCGACUUAAGGAGGACCUCGAACCUGGUGUGAGGUCUGUGUUAGGAUCAAAGAGGCUUCUCUUGCUCAAACGCAUUGCUGAUGACUUGAAGUGGCCCGACGAUGGAUGGUUUGAGGAUACUUGUAAGGGUUUUGGUUUGGUUGGCUGGCAGAAGCCCACUGGUGUCUUUAGAAAGGAGCCUCGUCCCCAGGAGAGGACGGCUGACGAGUUUACUAAGGCCUGUAAGUACAUUCGUCCGGCGCUUUUGGGUAAGGUUUUGUCCGAGGGUUUGAAUGAGCAUUCCUCGGAACUGUGGGAUAAGACUUUGACUGAGGUUGCCGAAGGGUUCUUGGAGGGACCACUUACCGAAGAAGAGCUGACGAGAAGGUACGGCGACGCAUGGGCCCCUGUGCGCCGGUUCGCCGUGAUUCAAUCUUCUGGAGGCAAGCGCAAGUUGAGACCGAUUGACGACUACUCCGAGAACUUAGUUAAUGGUUCUUUUUCUUAUGGGGAUAAGCUAGAUCUAAGGGCACUUGACGAGAUCAUUGCAAUAUGUCGCUUUUGGAUCCGAGCUCACACGACGGAGCAUCAAUUCUUUCUGGACAUGGCCAGCGGACCACCGUUGGUUGGUCGAGUGCACCCUGCUUGGGCGGGUUCGUCGUGGUGUCCUGAGCUGUGCACCUUUGAUUUGAAGAAUGCUUAUCGCCAAUUUGCGUUGAACCCGAGCCAUCGUGCCUUCUCCGUCGUUGCCCUUCUCAAUCCGGAUAAUGGCGACUUGGGAUUGUUUGAGGGUAAGGCUCUGCCUUUUGGAAGCACAUCGUCCGUGCUCCACUUCAACAGGUUGUCUAGGUUGCUGUGGCGGAUAGGUUUGGAAGUCUUCCUGUUCUGGGCCAACUUCGUUGACGAUUAUCCAGUGAUGAGCCCGUGCUGUCUGUCAGGUUCCACCAUGGACACCUUGCUUGUGUUGUCCUCAGUGCUUGGUUUUUCCGCAUCCCUUGACAAACUGAACCCAUUUGCAGACGUCGCCUCCAUGCUUGGGGUCGAGAUUGACUUGAAAGGAGCCAGGGAAGGUGUCAUUCGGAUUAGGAACAAGGAAGGCCGAUCCAGUGAGGUGUGUGAUGCCAUCCGUGAAUGCAUCAGUGAAGGUUGCAUCAAGAUGCGUACUUUUGCCAGGGUUGCAGGACGUGUCCAGUUCUCCGAUGCGCAAGUCAUGGGGAGAACCGGAAAGCUCGCAUUGGCGGAGCUGAGAGCCGCUUCCACACGCCACGCCUCCCGGUUUGUUCUGGGUCCCCGCGAGAUCGAGGCUUUCGAGUUUCUCAUUGAUCGCCUCUCUUUCGGUUCCCCUAGGGUAGUCCCUUGUGUGGUUGCCCCUAAGCCUGUUUUGAUCUUCACGGACGGAGCAAGUGAACAGUCUGGCAACACCGUUGGAGGUAUUCUUUACUCUCCUUCUGAUGCGCGGCCCCGAUUCUUUUCUUGUGAAGUUCCUUGUGCCUUGGCAGAUCGAUGGAGGCAGCAUCUGAAGCAUAUUAUCGGACCCGUUGAGGCGUACGCUGUCGCCCUGGCACGCAAGGCUUUCCACCAGUACAUGUCUGGACAGUAUUGCCUUUUCUUCGUUGACAACGACGCUGUCCUUCUCAGCUUUGUGCGAGGAACGUCUAACAGUGAUCACUUUCGAGAGCUGCUUCUCACAUGGGAAUGCUGUGAGAAACAUGGUCCAUCGUGGACAUACUGGACAAGGGUCCCUUCCGCAUCCAAUCCUUCAGACGACCCGUCACGCGGUGAGUUCAGAGCACUUGUUGAUUCGGGUGCAUUACGAGUUAAGUGCUCAUGCCCCAUCUCGGGCAUCCCGCUGGUCGACUUGUAA